GACACCGGCAAGAUGAAGAUCUUCUCAUUACUUUUCGUGCUUAGUCUGACAAGAAAUUCUUUCGCCGCCGAUGAUACCAACACAAAGUUUACAUACCCCGUAAAACCGGCCGGUCUUGAAGGUCCCACAUUCGUAUCAGGCCAGAAUGUCGUCUUCAACUGGACGACAGAUGCUGACAAGCUGAACCUGCUUCUCUGGACAAACAAGAACACCCGAUCAAUUACGUUAGGAAGUCAGUUCUGCUUGAAUCGGUUUUGCUUCGCUUUUGGCAUUCAGGACUAAUUAAGAUGCAUCUUUAGAGGGCAUCUCGUCCAAGUCCUUCACUUGGACAGUUGACUUUUAUGCCUUUUCGAAGACCGACCCACCGAGCGACACUUACUAUUUCCUUGGGCUCUUUGUUGAUGGCUCGACGGGCUCUGCAGAUCAAUCGACAAGAUUCUUUAUUACACUACCUGAUGGGGGUCAAUCCGGGUCCACUUCGACUUCAACUUCAACGCUCCUCACUUCUUCGCCAACUAGUGAUUCGGCAACCACGACUUCAUCAGACAGCUCUACAGCAACGGCAGCAAGUGUUACUGAGACACCCGGUUCCGGCACCGAAGGUCUCAGCGCAGGUGCCAUAGCCGGCAUCGUCAUCGGGGCUGUUCUAGGCGUAGGCUUAUCCGUGUGUGUAGGAAUUCUGCUGGCGAGGAGGAGAUACCGGGCAAAAAGAGC